CUCAACCAAAAUUGUCAAACACACACCCUUUUAAUUUUUUUUUUUCUCCAUAAGAAAGCAUGGACAUAACUUUUUUCACAGCCAAAGAAGCCCCCACAAGCUUCUUCAACCAAAGCCAUGAUCAUCGUCAUCAUCAUCAACUUCAUCAUCUUCACUUCUCCAACUUAGACAUGCAAAGCUCCACGAGUCAUUCGUCCGAGUACUCACCGGAACACUCUCCGUCCGCUGCUGCUGCUGCUGCCACCGCUACUGCCACAGGAAAAUGGGCCUCCACCCUUCUUAAGGAGUGUGCUAGAGCCAUCUCUGAAAAGGACUCCAACAAAAUCCACCAUUUUCUUUGGAUGUUGAAUGAGUUGGCUUCCCCUUAUGGUGACUCUGAUCAAAAAAUGGCUUUCUACUUCUUGCAAGCUCUCUUCUGCCGGGCCACAGAAACUGGCCUCACUUGCUACAAAACCCUCGUCGCCGUCGCCGAGAAAAAUCAUAACUUCGACUCCGCCCUGAGGCUCAUCCUCAAGUUUCAAGAGGCAAGUCCAUGGACGACAUUCGGGCAUGUAGCAUCGAACGGUGCAAUUCUCGAAGCGCUCGAGGGAGAAACGAAACUCCACAUCAUCGACAUAAGCAACACCCUUUGCACUCAGUGGCCAACCCUACUGGAAUCCCUAGCCACACGCAAUGAUGACACUCCACAUCUAAAGCUAACGGUGGUGACAACAACAAGUAUAGUGAAGUGUUUAAUGAAGGAAAUUGGACAAAGAAUGGAGAAAUUUGCAAGGCUAAUGGGAGUCCCCUUUGAGUUCAACCCUAUAACAAAUAUCGACCACUUAACUGACCUCACAAAUGAAGCCCUCAAAGUAGAAGAAGGUGAGGCCAUUGCCAUAAAUUGCAUUGGAGCCUUAAGAAGAGUGAAAGUUGAAGAAAGAAACAAUGUGAUUUCAAUGUUGAAAUCACUAAAGCCUAGAGUUUUAACAAUAGUAGAGGAAGAAGCUGAUUUCAUAAGCUCUAAAAAUGACUUUUUGAAGUGCUUUGAAGAGUGUCUUAGAUUUUACACUCUUUACUUUGAGAUGUUGGAAGAGAGCUUUGUGGCAACAAGCAAUGAGAGAUUGGUUUUGGAAAGAGAAUGUUCAAGAAGCAUUGUGAGGCUUUUGGGGUGUGAUCAUGAUCAAAUUAGUGAGGAAGAAAUUGGGAGUGAGAGAAGAGAAAAAGGAAAGCAAUGGACAAAAAGGCUCAAACAAGCACUUUUUUCAUCAGCUAAUUUUAGUGAAGAUGUAAUGGAUGAUGUUAAGGCUUUGCUCAAGCGGUACAAACCUGGUUGGGCGUUGCUGCGUCCGGCCACGGCUGCUGUCAGAGACGAAGAAGAAAAUGGUGAUGGUGAGUCAAGUGGAAUUUACUUGACAUGGAAGGAAGAACCAGUGGUUUGGGUUUCAGCAUGGAAACCCUAAUUAAAUGGAACAAAUUCACAUUAUUUAUAUAUUUAUUAUUAUCAUAAUACCAAUAUUCAUAUAAAGGAGUUUUCUUUUUCUUUUUGUA